UGCAACUUUUAAUGAGACUAAUUUAUUUUUUCAAUUAAUCCAUAUGUCCAUGAAUGAAUACUAGUAUUGCUAGAAUGAGACAGGUUUAGCAUCAAUCCUACUCCAAGUUUUCAUUUUUAUAGAUGUAAGAGCUGACAAUCAUUGUUUAUAUAAGUAAGCUGAUUCCUAUCUAGGAUUUACUGAAUCAGUUGAAAUCAAUUCUUUGAACUCCUUCAAAGUUCUAUGCCAAAUCACAUGAUUGACCACCACCACUUAUUUUUUAAACUUUAAAUAUUCAAUUAAUUUUAGAUUUACAAUAGAAUCAUAAAGACAGUUCAGAGUUCCCCCAUAUACCCUUAACCCAGCUUCCCCUAACGUUAACAUCUUAAAGCAUAGUAUACUGAUCAAAACUAAGACAUUAAUACUGCUAUAAUACUAUUAACUACAGGCUAUAGACUUUACAGGUUUUAGUUUUUCCACUAAUGUCUCUUUCCCUUCCAGGAUCCAACCCAGGAUACCACACUGCAUUUAGUUGUCAUGUCUCCUUGGUGCCCUUCAGAGUUUCUCAGUCUUUCUUUUUCUUUCAUGAUGUUGACAGCUUUGAGGCAAAUUUUCUAGAAUAUCUCAAUUUGGAUUUGGCUGAUGUUUUCUCUUGAUUAGACUGGGGUUGUGGCUUUUUGGAAAGAAUUCCACAGAAAUGAAGUAGCCUUCUUAUUGUAUCAUAUUGGGGCAAGCGACAUCAACAUGACUUAUUACUGGUGAUGUUAACCUUGACCUCUUGGUUACGGUGGUGUCUCCCAGUUUCUCCACCAUAAAUAUUACUGUUUUCCUUUUCCACAUUCUAUUGUUUAGAAUCAAGUCACUAAAUCCAGCUCACUCUCCCUCUCUCCCUCUCUCUCUGUCUCUCUCUCUCUCUCACACACACACACACACACACACACACACACACACACACACACACACGAGGGAAGGGAGAAUUCAAGCUUUACCUCCUGGGGGAAGGAAUAUCAAAGAUUUUGAGGCCACACGUUAAAACCAUCGCUAUAAUUAAUAAUUCUGUUGGGGGAGAUACUUUGAGUCUGUGCAAGUAUCCUGUUUCUUCUUAAAGUUUCACCCAUUACUUUCAGCAUUUAGCACCAACAAUUUUUAAAGUAAUCUACCAGCUGGUAACUCGGAUCCUCCUUCAAUUUUGUUGAGAACAAUUGGGAACCAAUUGGGAAAUCAUACUUCCAAUUAUUCUAACGUUGUGCGUCGCAGAGGUUUAUACAGCCUGGGGCAACACAUCACAGUAAGUUUACAUUCAGGAUUGGACAGCAGUAUACCUUUCUUUUUCAAAGUGGGAGAAAAGGUGUAUCUGUAAGCAACUUUUUAGGAAUCAGAAUGUAAACACCGAGUUCCUGAAAACUGUCCUGGCCGGAGUUGUUCUAGGGGUUUGUAUUCCUGAGUUUGAAGACCACGGCUCUGAAAGAUUCCACUCGCUCCAAUGACGUCACCUACCAACACUGUCCUCGAUUCAAGUUCUUACCUUUGGUUCAUGCCUGUUACUUUCUCUAAGGACCAAACUUUUCUAAACUCUUAAGUCCAGCCCCUGGCUUCCUAACUCUCGGGCUUCAUUUUCGUCCUCUCACAACAGUAAGCGGCUUGCAGCUUCUAGAACACACGUUGCUUCUUAUCUCUUCCGCCUGGAUACUCCAUCCUCAUCUUCUCCCCGGCUCUAGACUGCGCAGCUGAGGCUCAGCCUACAGACGGUCGGGGCUCCAUAUCUAGAGGCCACUUGGAAACGUGUUCAAAGUGGCAGAUCACUAGGGCAGUAUAGCAAACUACUGCUUUUGGGACGGGGCAGUGAGUGCUCGUCUUUCUGGAAGACGUUUCCCACAUUUAACCGAGAGGAACGUCUGCAAAGUACAUCCCAGCGUCCAAAGUCCGUAGACAGCCGGCGCUCUCAAGGCGCCUCCUCUGCACGGUGAUUUCCAGUCUUAACAACAAAAAUGCACAGCGAAAUGAAGUGAGUCCAAGGGAAACCCAAUUAACAACCGAGCCGCUGCCGCCUUCGCCCACCUUUGCCUGCGGCGCUCUAACCCCCGAGGCGCCGCCCACCCGCCCUUAAAGCGGGCCUGGACUGCGCCUUUCUCAGGCGGCGCCGGACCCCACCAAUGGGCCUUUACUAUUUGAAGGUUACAGAGCCAGUCAGCAAGUCGCGCGAGACGGAGGUAAUAUUCUCGCGAGAAGUCUUGGAAGCGACAGUGAUGGCGGCGGCGGGAACCGGACCCGGCCCGGGAGUGGGUGCAGGACCGGGCCCCGCGGCGGCUGCAAAUGCAACAGCGGCGGAAGAAGGGGAGACGAAGCCGGUGGUAGCGGUAGCAGCCGCUUCGGUCGGAGAGGGGACGUCUGCUGCUCCAGCAGCAGAGCCCAGUUCCGGAGAGGCCGAAAGCGGGGAUGCAAACUCCGUUGAUGUAAGUGGUGGUUUGGAGACAGAAUCCUCUAAUGGAAAAGAUACACUAGAAGGUGCUGGGGAUACUUCAGAGGUGAUGGAUACUCAGGCAGGCUCCGUGGAUGAGGAGAAUGGCCGACAGCUGGGAGAGGUGGAGCUGCAGUGUGGGAUAUGUACAAAGUGGUUCACAGCAGACACCUUUGGCAUAGAUACCUCAUCCUGUCUACCUUUCAUGACCAACUACAGCUUUCACUGCAACGUGUGCCAUCAUAGUGGGAAUACCUAUUUCCUCCGGAAGCAAGCAAACUUGAAGGAAAUGUGCCUUAGUGCUUUGGCCAACCUAACAUGGCAGUCCCGAACGCAGGAUGAACAUCCGAAAACCAUGUUCUCCAAAGAUAAGGAUAUCAUACCAUUUAUUGAUAAAUACUGGGAGUGCAUGACGACCAGACAGAGACCUGGAAAAAUGACUUGGCCAAAUAACAUUGUUAAAACGAUGAGUAAGGAAAGAGAUGUAUUCUUGGUAAAGGAACACCCUGAUCCUGGGAGUAAAGACCCAGAAGAAGAUUACCCAAAAUUUGGACUUUUGGAUCAGGAUCUUAGUAACAUUGGUCCUGCUUAUGACAACCAAAAACAAAGCAGUGCUGUGUCUACCAGUGGGAAUCUAAAUGGUGGAGCCUCUUUUGGAGGGGGGAUUGCAGCAGGAAGCAGUGGAAAAGGAAGAGGAGCUAAGCGCAAACAGCAGGAUGGAGGAACCACAGGGACCACCAAGAAGGCCCGGAGUGACCCUUUGUUUUCUGCUCAGCGCCUUCCCCCUCACGGUUACCCCUUGGAACACCCGUUUAAUAAAGAUGGCUAUCGAUAUAUUCUCGCUGAGCCUGAUCCCCACGCCCCUGAUCCUGAGAAGCUUGAACUUGACUGCUGGGCUGGAAAACCUAUUCCUGGAGACCUCUACAGAGCCUGCUUGUAUGAACGGGUUUUGUUAGCCCUACAUGAUCGAGCUCCCCAGUUGAAGAUCUCUGAUGACCGGCUGACUGUGGUUGGAGAGAAGGGCUACUCCAUGGUUCGGGCUUCUCAUGGGGUACGGAAAGGUGCCUGGUACUUUGAAAUCACGGUGGAUGAGAUGCCGCCGGACACUGCUGCCAGACUGGGUUGGUCCCAGCCAUUAGGUAACCUUCAAGCUCCCUUAGGUUAUGAUAAAUUUAGCUAUUCUUGGCGGAGCAAAAAGGGAACCAAGUUCCACCAGUCCAUUGGCAAACACUACUCUUCUGGCUAUGGACAGGGAGACGUGCUGGGGUUUUAUAUCAAUCUUCCUGAAGACACAGAGACAGCCAAGUCACUGCCCGAUACUUAUAAAGAUAAGGCUUUGAUAAAGUUCAAGAGUUAUUUGUAUUUUGAGGAAAAAGACUUUGUGGAUAAAGCAGAGAAGAGCCUAAAGCAGACUCCUCAUAGUGAGGGUUGUUGGACAUCGCACAAUCAAAGAAGAGCUGGCACAUUUGGAUCAGCCACAAGGGCCCAAAAUAGAAGGGGAAGGGAUGGAGAAAAGUUCUGAGCUGGAAACGUUUUUCCAUAAAAAUACUGUGAAUCCUCCUGGGACAAUAGUGGAAGUGAAUGUAGGAGAAAUAAACUAGGGUUCCAGUUGUGUUUAGGAGGAAAAUAGUAAAGGUAACAGUUAAUAGAUCCAAGGAUGAUAACAGCCAGAAAAUACAGCCAGGAUGAAGAUAGUUCCUACUGGGAAGAAGAGGCAGAGAAAGUUAGUUUAUUAAAAGGAGCCUUUUCUGAAGUCUAUAUAUAGUAGUUGAGAGAAUAUUCAGGAUACUUUUGAGAGAGGAAGGACAGAAAAUGAGGAUUCAGAGAUUUUGACAGAAGAUCCUAAGAGAUUUUCAGAGUAGAAAUGCAGAAGUGAGAACCUCAUGCAAGGGAAGGGGACAAAUAAAUAAAUAAAGCUUAGAAGAGUAUAGUUCCAAGGAAUCAGUGGAAGAUUGGAUUACUUUUUAUAAAUACAAUGAUAAUAAAAAACAGACCUGUUUGGUGUAAGUAGCGUAGGAAUUCAGAAAGCAAGUAAACCUGAAGAGCAACUAGAAUAGUGCAUGGAAAUAUGCUCUGAAUAAUCUCAAGUGUGAUACAAAUGUACGGUAUCGUUACUGCACUAGCUGUGUGCUGUUCUUGGAACCCAUUAUUACCAGCAUGGGGGCAGCACUUCCAAGGCCUUCUCUAAGUGAGUCCUUUUGUAAUUUGUUCUGUUUUUAAAUUCUGAAGUAAAACCAU